AUGGCUGCAAAUCAUGUCCCGACAACGUACAAGUUCAUCCGCGUCCCUCGGACGUCCGCGCGCUUCGCAGAACUGGUCACCAAAUUCCGCAUCACACGUCUCGCCGCUCUAGAAACGGACCCAGCCAGCUUCGUCUCCCAACACGCCACCGAGCGCGCCCUACCUCUCGAAAUUUGGACCAAACGCUUUUCUCGCGACGCGACGAUUCUCAUCUGCGUAGCCAGCAACGACACCACCCCCCUCGACGAUGAAACUGCCUUGAUCGAGGGAGAAUGGGCCGGCUUCGCCGCACUGCGCGGCCCGCUGAAAUACGAAGACUACUACUUCUCCCCAGACAUGAACCUUGCCAUCCCCGAGAAUCCACAGACCGAGGCAAGAUGGUAUCUAUACGACCUAUACACAAAACCCUUACACCGAGGACGCGGCCUAGCUAAAAAACUCGUCAACACAUGCACUGAGCUAGCCAUAGAGAGUACCAGAACUCUUCGUUCACUGCCUCUCGAUAACGACGCUUCUUUGCAGAAAGCCCGCAUCUUGCUCUUUAUGAACCCCAAGAAUGCCUGGCUCGUGCGCAUGUAUGAGGGCUUUGGUUUUCGCGGCACGGGCAGGGUGACGAUGACGGAGGGGUUUAGGGCUGGUGCGUUGCAUGAGAGCUUGCCGAGCGAUACGGAGAGUACCGAGGAGUUGAGACGGUUUUGGCAUACCCGCGUUGGGUUGGCGAUGGAGCAGGUGGUGAGUGUUGGUUAG